GCGCGCUUGUAUGGAGCAUCCCUCUGACAGACGUGACCUGCACAACCUAGUGGGGCACCGUAUGCAGUAGAAAAAAUCACGCUGCUACACCUUUUGUUUUGACUCAGCCAAAAGCAAGCACUUCUUCUCUUGGUACAUCGAGCUGUGCUUCGUGCCCGUUCAUCUCUUCUCGCCGCACAUUUAGACCAUUCGCUCACGUUGUUCUUGAAUACAGCCUUGUACAGAAUUGCCCCUCCGUACCGUACCAUGUCGUCGUCCGAACCCCGCCGUGCGCUUUCCCUCGCGAACAUCAAUCCUCACGUCAAGGAAGCCCAGUAUGCCGUCCGUGGCGAGCUAGCCGUCCGCUCAGAAGAGUACCGCGCGAAGCUGGCAAAGGGCGAGGGCAAGGACCUGCCCUUCGAUACAGUCAUCGCAGCGAACAUAGGCAACCCGCAGCAGCUGGACCAGAAGCCUAUUACCUUUUUCCGCCAGGUAGCCAGUCUUUUGGAGAACCCACUGUUGUUGGAGCAUGAAGAGACCUUCGUAAAGAGUCUUGGAUACAAACCAGACGUCUUCGAGAGGGCGAGGUGGCUGUUGAAGGAGAUCAAGAGCGUGGGAGCAUACAGCCAGAGCCAGGGUGCUCCAGGCAUCAGGGAGAGCGUCGCAAAGUACAUUGAGAGACGAGAUGGCUACCCGGCAAGCUUCUCAGACAUCUACCUCAGCAACGGUGCCUCGUCCGGCGUGAACACCCUUAUGCAUGUCAUCUGCGCCUCGCCCAACACCGGUGUCAUGGUUCCUAUUCCCCAGUACCCUCUCUACACUGCCACUCUCUCCGUCCUGAACGCUAAAUGCGUCCCAUACUACCUUGAGGAAAGCCAGGCAUGGGGUACCAGCCUCGAGGCCAUUCGCACGUCGUAUGACAAGGCUAUCGCAGAAGGUACCGACGUCAAGGCCAUCGCCAUCAUCAACCCCGGCAACCCGACCGGUGCAUCCCUCCCCGCCGAGGACAUCAAGUCCGUCCUCGAGUUCGCCGCCGAGAAGUCGCUCGUCGUCAUCGCUGACGAAGUCUACCAAACCAACGUCUUCAUCGGCGAGUUCAUCUCCUUCAAGAAAGCCCUGCGCGAUCUGCAGAAGGAGGCGCCCGGCAAGUUUGACCACAUCGAGCUCGCGUCGCUGCACAGCAUCUCCAAGGGCAUGGUGGGCGAGUGCGGCCACCGCGGCGGCUACCUCGAGCUCGUGGGCUUCGACCCGGAGGUCGCCCAGCAGAUCUACAAGUUCAUCAGCAUCCAGCUCUGCCCGCCCGUCAUCGGGCAGUGCAUCGUCGAGGUCAUGGUCAACCCGCCCAAGGAGGGCGAGCCCAGCUACGAGCUGUACAAGAAGGAGUACGAUGGCAUCUUCAACGGCCUCAAGGAGCGGGCAUACGCGCUGUACGAGGCGUUCAAGCAGAUGGAAGGCGUCGAGUGCGACAAGCCUCAGGGCUCCAUGUACCUCUUCCCGACCAUCAAGCUGCCCCAGAAGGCCAUCGAGCAGGCCAAGAAGGAGAACCGCACGCCCGACGAGUUCUACUGCUUCCGCAUGCUCGACGCGACGGGCAUCUGCGUCGUCGCGGGCAGCGGCUUCGGCCAGAAGGAGGGCACGCUGCACUUCCGCACGACGUUCUUGGCGCCGGGGACGGACUGGACGGGCAGGAUUGUCAAAUUCCACCAGGACUUUAUGGCGGAGUUUAAGUGAGGGAGGGCGUGAGUGUGAGGUUAUAAAUGAUUGAUCUAGGAUUGGACUUGGAUAUAUAGAGAAUUUUGGCGGGCCUGGGGGGUAUCUAGUGGCCCUUUGGAAAUCCCAAUACUUAUGACAUUAUUUUGGGAUGUAGGAGGCUUGCUUGGGUUGUCUGGUGGGUCGUACGGAAAUCAGUGCCUUUGAAACCCUGAGAAGCUGGU